AUGCCCAUGGACGAAUGCAACGACCACCUGCUUUUCCUAGAACAGAUUGCUGAGGACAAGUACCGAGUGAAGGCGAGGCGCGUUGGUUUUAGGUACAACAAUAAUUACGACGAGGAACUCCAAAUGUUGGCGAGGAUCGCUACGCAUCAUGCAUGCGAUCUGGUGGGAGGUCAGUAUACGGCAAGCAAGCAAGCUGACUACACUAUCGAAUCAGAAAAAAACUUCGCCAACGAUAUUCACGUUGACAAGUUCUACAUCGCUAAAUCAAUUCGCGGUAAGCUUGGAGUCUAA